CGUCAUGAAAAAUCUAACUCCGUCCUCCGGGGUUAAAUUCAUGAUGACAUCAUAAAAAAAAGCAUUUACUUAAAUAUAAAUAAUGUUUUGUUUGAGUUCUCCUCCCCAAAAUUGUUGUUCAUCUCCAUUCUGCAAGUUUAUACAUCUUCAAAACCCUAAAAAAACCUUGGUUAGAAGAAAAAUGGUAGUUGGUUAUUCAACAUCAUCAUCUGUUUAUGUACCACCACAUAAUAGAUUAAGGUCAACUAUAUUAGUUCCAUCAAAUUCAUCUGAAAGUAUUUCUUCAUCAACUAGGUCUCUUGAUUUUGAUUCCAGAGAUAAUCAAGGUUCAGUUUUAUAUGUGGCUCCUCUUAAUAAUAAUAAUAAUCAACAACAACAACUAUCUAAUGAUUUUUCAGAAGAUGAGUCUGAUUUUGAUACUGAUUAUUCUUCUUCCAAUUGUAAGGGUGCUUCCACGUUUGAUGGUAUUGAUGAGUGGAAACGGAAGUUGAACAUGCUCAUUCGCAGCAAUGAUGAACAAGAGACAGUGUCAAGAGAUAAAAAGGACAGACAUGAGUUUGAGCAACUUUCAGCACUGGCAACAAGAAUGGGUUUGUAUAGUCGUCAAUAUGCAAGAGCAGUUGUUGUUAGUAAGGUGCCGCUGCCUAACUACAGAUUCGAUCUAGAUGACAAGCGUCCACAGAGAGAGAAUUGACAGGUGGUCAUACAUUUUGGUUUGGAAAGAAGAGUGGAUGUUCUGCUCAGGGAGCACUUUUCCCGGAAGCCUUGGAAUAUUGGAAGUAUGCCAAAGGUAUCCUUCUCCAGAUCAAGCAGCUAUGGCAGUAUUGCCACUGACGACGGGCUUUUUGAGCAACAGGAGCUGCAGACAUCGACAAGUGCUGUGAUGGAGAAAAUCAUUAAACGGAGAAGCUUACAUUUGCGCAGUCAGCAACAGGCUUGGCAGGAAUCAGAAGAAGGUCAAAAAAUGCAAGCAUUUCGUAAAAGUCUCCCAGCUUACGAAGAAAGGGAUGCACUACUGACCACCAUUUCACAAAAUCAGGUUGUUGUUGUCUCAGGUGAAACUGGUUGUGGUAAGACCACGCAGAUUCCUCAGUACAUUUUAGAGUCUGAGAUAGAAUCUGGUCAUGGGGCUUUAUGUAAUGUUAUAUGUACUCAACCUAGACGAAUAUCUGCUAUGGCUGUCUCAGAAAGAGUUGCAGCAGAGAGAGGGGAGAAAAUUGGUGAAUCUGUUGGUUAUAAGGUUCGACUGGAGGGUAUCAAAAGCAGAGAUACUCGGCUUCUUUUCUGCACCACAGGCAUUUUGUUAAGAAGAUUGCUGGUCGAUAGGAAUUUGAAAGGCGUAACUCAUGUUAUCGUCGAUGAGAUUCAUGAGCGUGGGAUGAAUGAAGAUUUCCUACUUAUUGUCUUAAAAGACCUCCUUCCUCGUAGGCCAGAAUUGAGGCUAAUAUUAAUGAGUGCUACCUUGAAUGCGGAGCUUUUCUCAUCAUACUUUGGUGGUGCUCCAAUGUUACAAAUACCUGGUUUUACAUACCCAGUUCAAACUCAUUUCUUGGAGGAUGUUCUGGAUAUGACGGGUUAUAAGUUAACUCCAUAUAAUCAAGUUGAUGAUUAUGGUCAAGAUAAGACAUGGAAAACACAAAAACAAGGUGUCAGAAAGAGGAAGAGCAGAAUUGCUUUUGUUGUCGAGGAUGCACUUGAGGCUGCCAACUUUAAGGAGUAUACUCCACAGACUAGAGAUUCAUUGUCCUGCUGGAAUCCGGAUUUGAUUGGUUUUAACCUCAUAGAAAACAUCUUGUGCCACAUCUGUCAAAAGGAAAGACCUGGUGCUGUAUUGGUUUUUAUGACUGGGUGGGAUGAUAUUAAUGCUCUGAAAGAUCAGCUUCAAGCUCAUCCCCAUUUGGGUGAUCAAAGCAAAGUUUUAAUACUUACAUGUCAUGGUUCAAUGGCCAGCUCUGACCAGAGGUUGAUAUUUGAUAAGCCUGAUGGUGAGGUCCGGAAAAUAGUCCUUGCUACUAACAUGGCAGAGACUAGCAUUACCAUAAAUGAUGUGGUCUUUGUUGUUGAUUGCGGGAAAGCAAAAGAGUCCUCCUAUGACGCAUUGAAUAAUACUCCUUGUUUGCUUCCGUCAUGGAUCUCAAAGGCCGCUGCUCUACAGAGAAGAGGAAGAGCUGGUCGGGUUCAACCAGGCGAGUGCUACCGUCUCUAUCCAAAAUGUGUAUAUGAUGCCUUUGCAGACUACCAACUUCCAGAACUUCUAAGGACACCAUUGCAAUCACUGUGCUUGCAAAUCAAAAGUCUACAGCUUGGGAGCAUUUCGGACUUCCUUUCUAGAGCUUUGCAAUCACCAGAGUUAUUAUCUGUUCAAAAUGCUGUUGAGUAUUUGAAAAUAAUUGGAGCACUGGAUGCGAAGGAAAAUCUUACUAUUCUAGGACACCACUUGUCAAUGCUUCCUGUGGAGCCUAAGCUAGGAAAGAUGCUGAUUUUGGGUGCUAUGUUCCAUUGCCUAGAUCCAAUAGUAACUAUCGUUGCUGGUUUGAGUGUCAGAGAUCCAUUUCUUAUGCCACUUGAUAAGAAAGAUCUCGCAGAAUCUGCAAAAUCCCAGUUUGCUGGCCGAUAUUAUAGUGACCAUCUUACAGUGGUGCGAGCCUAUGAAGGCUGGAAAGAAGCUGAAAGGGAACAAGCUGGAUAUGAAUACUGCUGGAAUAAUUUUCUUUCUGCUCAAACACUGAAAGCUAUUGAUUCCCUGCGAAAGCAGUUCCUUUCUUUGCUUAUGGAUACAGGCUUGUUUAGUAACGAUCAAAAUACCUGCAAUGCGUGGAGCCAUGAUGAGCACUUAGUCAGAGCAGUUAUCUGCGCAGGACUUCACCCUGGAAUUUGCUCGGUUAUGAACAAGGAAAAAUCAGUUUCAUUGAAGACAAUGGAGGAUGGUCCUGUCCUUCUAUAUUCGAACUCUGUCAAUGGUAAAGAAUCAAGCAUCCCCUAUCCAUGGUUAGUUUUCAAUGAGAAGGUGAAAGUAAACACAGUUUUUCUGCGCGAUUCAACGGGAAUAUCUGAUUCCAUACUUCUCCUGUUUGGUGGAAACAUAUCUAAAGGAGGGCUGGAUGGGCACUUGAAAAUGUUGGGAGGAUAUUUGGAGUUUUUCAUGACACCUGCCUUAGCAGAAAUAUAUCUUACCAUAAAGAGAGAGUUUGAUGAGCUAAUUCAGACAAAACUUCUGAAUCCUAAGAUGGAUAUCCAUUGUUUUCAAGAGCUGCUAUCAGCAGUGCGGUUGCUUGUAUCAGAGGAUCGAUGUGAGGGUAGGUUUGUGUUAAACAGGCAAAUCAUAAGACCGUCAACAAAUUUUUUAACAUCCUCAACACCUCCACCACCAGCACCAGCACCAGGAGCGAUUUCCAGAAAUGGAAGUGGACCCGGGGGUGAUAAUUCCAAGAGCCAACUUCAAACAUUGGUGACCAGAGCGGGUCAUGAGGCUCCUCUUUACAAGACAAAACAAGUAAGAAACAUUCAGUUUCAAUCCACAGUAGAGUUCAAUGGAAUGGAAUUUGUUGGACAGCCUUGCAAUAACAAGAAGCUUGCAGAGAAAGAUGCUGCAGCAGAGGCUUUGCAGUGGUUAAUGGGUGGAAAGCAAUCAAGACCUGAAGAUAUUGAACGCAUGUCUGCACUGCUAAAACCAAGCAAGAACAAAAAGCAGCAUAGAUAAAACAUGAUAUACCUCCUGAAGUGAAAUUGUUGGGUCUCACUUGGAACUCCUUGUAGCCUAAAUGUUGUUGACUUGUAUAUUGUGAUAGGGAAACAACAGCCUCAUUGGUCAAAAGGAAAAUUUUGAUGGGUUGGCAUAGUGGAUCUGUCAAAUCCAGUCCUCGGGAGCUCUGCAGUACUUUAGCUGUAUGAAUAAGUGAAGUUCCAAAAGCAGAGGAAUCCAGUGAUGCUACACAACUUGAGAGGGAAACAGAAUAUGGUGACAGGGAUGCUGGAUCAGAGAACGGUAAUAUUCUUUUUUUAAUGCAGAAGGGGAUCACAUUGAUUCUAACUCCAAUCGUGUUCAUUUUUGGUUACCUGCAUGCAUAUCUGGACAAGUCGGGUCAGAGUAAUCCAUUGAUAAACUAUCUUUUUGUAAAUCCUCAAAACAUCUUUGUGCUUUAGUUUAGAUUUUUAUGUAGGUCUUAUCUAUAUUUGUUUAUGUCAAAUUGUCUUGGAUUCAGGGAGAUCUAUGUUUUUCUUUGUUGAUUAGUAGAAGAUUUCUGACACACCAACAUGUGAUAAUGCCCUAAGAAACAGGUAGGCAAAGGUAAGGAAAGACAGGAUGGCACAAGCUUGUCGUUUCUUCUCCUUGUUUUUUUACUGUUGUGAUUUCAGUGUACUGUAUGAGAGAUCUAAUCCUUGUUAAACAAUCAGUGUUGGAUAGUCAAACAAUGAGAGUCAUUGGUUGUGUAGUAAGACAAAUAUGGAUCCACACUGAUUACAUGUUUGUGUUCCCUUUUCUUACUGCAACUUUAUCCUCAUGGUUUGAAUACUAGUUGAUGCAGAUCAACUUAUACCUUA